AGGAGGCGCGCCCCCCGCCCGCUCCGGGCAGGCCCCGCCCCGCCCUCCGCUUCCUCCCGGGCCCCUGGCACUGCGGCCACUCGGGCAGAAGAGCCGGAGCGGGCGAGGCGGCUGCGGCGAUGGCAGGGAAAGAGUUGGAGCGAUGCCAGCGGCAGGCGGAUGAGGUGACAGAAAUCAUGCUCAACAACUUCGACAAGGUCCUGGAGCGUGACGGGAAGCUGGCGGAGCUGGAGCAGCGUUCAGACCAACUCCUGGACAUGAGCUCAGCCUUCAGCAAGACAACCAAGACUCUGGCCCAGAAGAAGCGCUGGGAGAAUGCCCGGUGCCGGAUCUACGUGGGGCUGGCAGCGGGCGUUGCCCUGCUCAUCCUCCUGAUUGUGUUGCUGGUCAUCCUUCUCCCACAAAGCAGCAAGGGCGGCAGCGCCCCACAGGUCCAGGAUGCAGGCCCUGCCUCGGGGCCUGGGGAAUGACCCAGCAGGGCCUGGAAAGAGGCUGAAGAGCCACAUUGGCCAGUUCUGGUCUUCAGAGAACCCUGGAGUUUGCUCCCCUCUGAGCCACCCCAGUGAGCAUGGAGGGCAGCUUCAAUGCGUGCACCUUGGUUACUUCCUGUCAUACCACAGACUGGCCCUUGAGGGCAACCUGCUGCACUGGCCAUGCCAAGCCAGCCCCCACCUGGAGCUUAGUAAAAACCACUGUUUGGGUAAAAA